AUGGACGCCCUCUUAAUGACAUUGACAGUGCUCAAGCACUACAACACUUGGGGGAAGCACACUUUGGACUUAGGGUUCAAAGCUCCUACGUUCCAAAAGCUGAUUCUACGAGUUGUCGAAGUUGGGAUGCCUGUCUUUUACGCCGAGUUUGUCAAGAUGCCGAACAUGUCGGAGUUGCGGGCACAAUUCCAGUCCACCGAGCGACCGACCCGACGCCAUGACGAAGCCAAGCCGUACUUUAGUGCGAAGCACAACUUGUACGGCUUGAAGAUUGAAGCGUCCGUCCCCCCCCCUCAAGGCCUUCUUGUGGACAUGAGCGAAUCCCACUGUGGAGCCGUUGCGGACCUGACCAUCAUGCGGUCACGCAUUGAUCAGCACGUUCGAGCCCUGGCCAAGUCGGACAACGAGCUCAGCAUCUUGGAUCAUGGGGAGAAAAAGAACCCGCCGCGUGGCUUCUUGGACCCUGAUGACGUCGUGCGGAAUCGUCGUGUGUCGUCCGAUCGUGUUGUGGUCGAAAUCUUUUUCGGUCGUGUCUGCAGCCUGUGGAAGGUAUCGUAUGCUACUUUCACGUGGAGUGCGAAGUUCUAUGAUGAGAUUCAGCAUCUCAUGUUUGCAUUGACGAACUUUCGUGUGUCGUUGAUGCCUCUGCGGGAAGCGGACAUACACUGGUACCGCCGCUCUGUGCUUGCGCGCUAUGAGUCUAUGGUCCAUGCUACGGCGGCGAAGCGUGAGGAAAGUUAG